AUGACCACGCCAACCAAUGGCGAGAAGGCCGCUCUUGAACUCUCUCCGCCUCUUGAUGCCAGCCUGAACGAGAAGCAAGCUGUUUCUGCCGUGGACGUUCUCCAUCUGGAGCAUGUGUAUGACAAUCCCAUUGACGCCAACGCGCGGGUUCACCCCGUGCGCAACGCAGCGUACGAGGCUGCCGUCAAGCAAGGACGGCUGAAUCCCUGGUCGAAGGACUCGCUCAUUCUUUACUUCUGUUGCUUCAUUUCCUUCUUGUGCAGCUGCGCAAAUGGAUACGACAGCUCGCUCAUGACAGCUAUCAAUAUCAUGCCUUACUACCAGGCAAGGUUCAAUGGGGAUGUUGUUGGCUCCGGAACCGCGCUGAUUUUCUCCAUGUACACAAUUGGACAAUUGGUGUCUCCCUGGAUUGCAGGUCCACUUGCGGAUCGCCUUGGCCGGCGUGGUGGCAUGUUCAUCGGCGGUGUAGGCAUUAUCAUUGGCAUGAUAGUGAUUGUUUCGGCCGAGGCCAAACCGCAGUUCUUAGCUGGGCGCUUCUUGCUUGGGUUCUUUGUCGUCAUCAUGGCAACUGCUGCACCCUCAUAUUGUGUUGAGGUUUGUCCGCCACAUUGGAGGGGUAGGAUGACAGGCGCAUACAACUGUGGCUGGUUUGGGGGCUCCAUCCCUGCGGCAGGCAUCACACUAGGAACAGCUGGAAUCAACAGCGAUCUUUCCUGGCGCCUCCCUCUCAUCUUCCAAGCAGUACCCUCCAUGGUGGUCAUCUGUGCCGUCUGGUUUCUCCCCGAAUCGCCGAGAUGGCUCCUGGCGAACGGGCAUGAACAGAAGGCGCUCGAUUUUCUUAUUCGCUUCCAUGGUAAUGGCGAUCCAAAGAAUCCGAUUGUCGAACUCGAGUGGACGGAGUUCAAAGAGAACAUCAAGAUGGACGCGUCGGACAAACGCUGGUGGGAUUAUUCUGAGCUGUUCAAUACCCCUAGCGCCAGAUGGAGAAGUUUCAUGGUAAUCUUGAUGGGCACAUUUGGUCAGUUUUCGGGGAAUGGGCUCGGCUAUUUUAAUACCCAGAUCUACGCGGCUGUCGGAUACGACUCGUACAUGCAAUUUGUUCUCAACCUAGCAAACUCACUCGUCUCGGCGUUCGGUGCGAUCUGUGGCGUGUCGUUGGCGGAUCGCAUGCCGAGACGACCAGUCCUGAUAUGGGGCACUCUGAUUUGUGCAAUCUGUUUGGGGAUUAACGGAGCCCUCUCUUGGAAAUGGGCACACAAUGCGACUCUGGGGAUUACCGAUCUUAGUGUCGGCAAGGGCGCGGUUGCUUCGUAUUUCUUGUUCGGAUUGGUCUAUGGUUUCACCUAUUCACCACUUCAAGCUCUGUAUCCUGUUGAGUGUCUGCAGAAUACAGCACGGGCUAAGGGGAUGUCUAUGUACUUCGUCGUUGUGGGAAUCAUGCUUUUUAUCAAUCUGUACUGCACGCCCAUUGCCUUGCAGAACAUCUCGUAUAACUACGUUUUCAUCUUCGUGGGCUGGGAUACGAUCGAGUCUAUCCUUUGGUUCUUCUUCUGCGUUGAAACGAUGGGCAGGACUCUAGAGGAAUUAGAGGAAAUUUUCUCUACGCCGUGGCCGCCACGUGCUGGGAAGAAGCUCUAUAAGAUCGCAGAGCGGGCAGACGGGCAGGUCGCCAUUGUGGACGAUGCGUGA